AAAAAAACAGAUAGAAUUGGUUUAUAUAAUCUGUCAAGGCGUCUCUCCGUCUACAAUAAGCUUUCUGUUAUUCUUUUCACUAUCAUCUUGACCAUCUCAUCCAUGCUUGCCCUUUGAGCAAGAUACUGCACAUCGACUACAAUGGCCGACAAUAAACGGAAAACCAUUCGCUAUGAGCUCGCUGGGGAUGAUUCUCCAUCACUCACUCCAGCCACCCCAACAUCAGCUUAUCAGAGCCUAAGAAAUACAAGGAGUACCGGGGAUCUUUCACACGCUGCAGAACUGCCCGGAGACUUCUCGUCAGAAAGCUCAUCGCCGUAUACAUUCGCCAACUUUUUCGAGAAUGAUGUCAAAAUUCAAGACGACGCUCGUGUCGAGAUUGAUUGUAAUUCCAAGUUCGUCCGCACCCUAAGCCGCCUCUACCAAACAUCACCCGAGAAGUAUGCGCAACCCGACACUCCGACUCCAGAAUAUACGGAAUUCGAAUCAAGAAGCAAGACAUGGGCCACAAAGCUCAAUAUUGCUAUUCAAGUUGUGGGCAGUCGAGGUGAUGUACAGCCAUUCAUCGCGCUGGGAAACGAGCUUCAGCGACAUGGGCACCGUGUUCGUUUAGCAACACACAAUACCUUUGAAAGCUUUGUUCGAGAAUCAGGACUAGAGUUCUAUCCUGUCGGGGGCGACCCAGUUGAGCUGAUGGCUUAUAUGGUGAAGAACCCAGGUCUGAUACCUAGUAUGAAGAGCUUGGCGGCUGGGGAGAUUCAGGAAAAGCGUGAUAUGGUGCAAUGGAUGCUUGAGGAAUUCUGGCACUCAUGUUUGCAACCAGACCCAUUGACUGGUCUACCUUUUGUGGCCGAUGCUAUAAUUGCUAACCCCCCUAGCUUCGCGCACAUACACUGUGCCCAGGCACUAGGCAUUCCCGUGCAUCUCAUGUUCACUAUGCCGUGGAGCAAUACGAGAGCUUUCCCUCAUCCGCUUGCUAAUUUGAAAAACGUCGGAAGCGAUCCUCAACUUGGGAAUUACAUCUCUUACACCGUGGUGGAGUGGAUGACGUGGCAAGGGCUAGGUGACAUUAUCAACAAGUGGAGAAAGUCGAUAGAUCUAGAGGAGGUGGCUAUGUUUGACGCUCCUAUGCUAACGAAGACGUUGAAAAUCCCCUUCACAUACUGCUGGUCACCAGCCUUGGUCCCGAAACCUGUAGACUGGGAACCCUAUAUAGAUGUCUGCGGCUUCUUCUUUCGCGAUCCUCCUCAGUACUGCCCACCAACAGACCUUGCCCAAUUCCUCCAAAAUGGCCCGCCUCCGGUAUACAUCGGAUUCGGCAGUAUUGUCCUAGAUAAUCCUGAGAAGGUCAUCGGUGUAAUACUAGAUUCGAUCGAGGCCACUGGCGCUCGUGCUAUCAUCUCUAAAGGCUGGUCUGCUCUGGUUGGCUCUGAACAAGAAAACGUAUACUGGAUCGGGGACUGUCCCCACGAAUGGCUCUUUCGGCACGUCGCAGCGGUCAUUCAUCAUGGGGGUGCCGGAACAACAGCUUGUGGGUUGAGAAAUGGAAAGCCAACAACUAUAGUUCCUUUCUUUGGCGAUCAGCCUUUCUGGGGACAGAUGGUGGCCAACGCUGGCGCAGGACCCGCUCCGAUACCUCAUACAGAACUCACGGUCGACAAACUCGCUGCAGCCAUUCGUUACUGUCUAUCUCCACAGGCCGCAGCCGCAGCCGCGAUCAUAGCCGACAAAAUGUCAUCAGAGGUCGGGGUUCGUGCUGCUGUACAGUCGUUUCACAAAGGCCUCCCUCUGGAGCGAAUUCGAUGCGAUGUAAUCCCAAGUGAGCCUGCCGUAUGGUCAUAUUCCAAGUCGAAGAACCCGAUCAAGCUAUCCAAGAUGGCUGCAGAGAUUUUAAUAUCCACCAAUUCAAUCGAUAGUAAACACCUGAAGCCGUACCAGAGCAACCCCAUCCAGACCGAAACAACCAGGUGGGAUCCUGUUUCAGGAGGCGCGUCUGCUGUUAUGGCAACGGCAACCGGAAUGGCUGGCAACAUCACGGGCAUCUUUACAAAGCCGAUCGAGGAAUACCGAGACGACCAGAAGCGACGCGCUGGAGAGCUGAAGUAUACCCAGGGACGAGGUUCCCCAUCCCUACAGGAAGGGUCUAGCGAUAAGGAUCAUCUCAGCGUAGAGCGCCUCUCGAACGACUCCGUACGACCUAGGAGUGCGCACUCUGGACAUCUCGCCGGUCGCAUGGCUGGAGCUUCAGCUAAAAGCGCUGGUAAAAUUGGCCAAACAGCCACGAAAGGCAUGCUAGUGGAUUUUCCACUCGCCAUAACAGAGGGAUUAAAAUCGGUACCACAACUCUAUGGCGGCAAUGUACGCAAUCAUGGGCCAGUGACAGAUGCCAAGAGUGGCAUGGUAGUGGCGGGCAAGACAUUUGCGUGGGGCUUCAUCGAUGGUCUAAGUGACGUUGUGGUACAACCAUAUAAAGGGGCGAAGAAGGAGGGUGCACUGGGUGCUGCUAAAGGGCUUGGAAAGGGAGCGAUGAAUCUGGUGACUAAGAGUGGUGCUGGAAUGUUUGGAUUGUUUGCAUAUCCCAGUGCAGGAAUCAGCAAGAGUCUGCGUACAGCUACGCACGGCUCGACACGUAGGAAGAUUGCCGAGGAGCGGCGUGCAGAAGGUAUUUGGAUGGUGAAGAGUGGGACUGGAGUACAGGUGGACUGUAGUAAAGUGUUGGAGGACUUUGAGCGUUUGAAACGAGAUACAUAGACUGGAAUUCUGUAAAUUCAAGGUCAGACUACUUGCCAACCUGCUGAGGCCCAGGACGCCCGUGUGUGGUGCA